CUGGAAGAUCCGCAUCUGGCACGAUAACACAGGUCUGGACCCGUCCUGGUUUGUGGAGCAAGUGGUGGUCUGGGACCCUCAGACUGACCACAUGUUCUUCUUCCUGCUGGAGGACUGGCUCUCUGUGGAGAACCAGAAGAACGGAUCCGUGGAGAAGGAGGUUCUGGCCUCAUGUCCAGAGGAGCUGUCUCAGUUUCGUCGGGUGUUUUCCUCCCAGCUGGUGUUUGGGAUGGUGGAGCAUCACCUGUGGCUGUCGCUAUGGGAACGCCCCGCUCACAGCAGGUUCUCUCGGGGUCAGAGGGUCACCUGUAGUGCCGUGGUGCUGCACUUGUACCUGGCUCUGGGGGCGCUGUGGUACGGGGCCGUGGGCACACAGGGACUCAGGUAG